AUGACUUCAACUUAUCCCUCUCUCAAUUCCUCUGCGGGCAAUAAAUGGAUCAAAAAUCUCACAAGAGAUAGAUUGAACACCUUUCUCGGUGGUCACUAUUCAGAUGUCAACCUUUCUUCAGUCUUGUUUAUCCAUCGGGUCGAUGGGGACGAAUAUGUCAAACUUCAAGUCUGGAGCGCACCAGGGUUGACGAAACCCACAUUUGAAGAGGCGAUGAAGCAAAAGUUUAGGCAUGCGAAGAAGGGAGAGUCAUUUGGGCCUUCUUGUACGCGUCUCUCAUUCUAUCUCGUUUCAUAUCUGUUUAAUUUGCUCUGUAGGGGUAAUUAUUGGUUCAGGUUACUUAAAAUGAAGAAAGUCGUUUUGAAAACCCAAUCUUGUUUAAAGACGAAUCACUGGUGGAAAGUCCAUCUCACUCUUCCGGGGUAUUGGCAGCAGUAUGAACGCGUUCAGUUCGAAUUCGACCCAGGUUGCGAAGCUAUGAUCUAUACUACUGAUGGAACUCCCUUGCAAGGUAUCACCGGAGGCUACGGUGGCGAUAGGAGAGUGGAAUAUAUCAUUCCAUUGGAAGCGAGAGAGAAAGGUGUCCAUGAGUUUGUAAUAGAGUCUUCGUGUAAUGGGAUGUUUGGCGUGCCGAUGACUGGAGAUACGAUUGAUCCUCCGGAUAUGAAUAGAUACUUCUCUCUCGCAUCUGCUGAUCUAGUCGUACCUAACCAAGAAGCGUGGCACCUACUUUGGGAUUUCACGACGCUAAGGGAGAUCUCGGAUACUUUACCUGGGAACACUUCACUUCAAAACCAAGCAUUGGUGGCAGCCAAUGAAAUCAUGAACACCUUCCAGAACGGCGACGCUUCUGCUAUCCGUAAAUGCCGUCGCAUUGCUGAACAAGUUUUCGGUGAAGGCUGGCAGAGUAAAGCGGAAAAUGUGUAUCCGGAUGGGAGUGAAAAGGAUGCACAGAUUUGGGGGAUUGGACAUUGCCAUAUCGACACCGCCUGGUUAUGGCCCUACCGCGUCACCCAACAGAAAGUCGCUCGGUCAUGGUCUACCCAAGUCGAUCUCAUGAACCGAUACCCCGAACACCGAUUUGCAUGUUCUCAGGCUCAGCAAUACAAAUGGCUCGAAGAGCUUUAUCCCCCUCUUUUCCGUAACGUGAAAGAAAAAGUAAUGAAGGGAAAGUUUCACCCGAUCGGAGGGUCGUGGGUUGAGAAUGAUAGUAAUAUGCCUAGUGGAGAGUCGUUGGUUAGACAAUUUGUGCUUGGACAGAGGUAUUUUGAAGAGAAGUUUGGGAAACGCUGUGAGACGGCGUGGUUACCGGAUUCGUUUGGGUUGACGGGGGCAUAUCCGCAGCUUAUUAGGCAGGCAGGGAUGAAGUGGUUUUUUACGCAAAAAUUGAGUUGGAACAAUAUCAAUGUGUUCCCUCAUUCGACGUUUAACUGGGUUGGUAUCGAUGGGACGCAAGUGUUGUGUCAUAUGACGCCUGUGGAUACCUACACCGCUCAAGCUACGGUUGGUGAUGUGAAUAAAGGGCUCACCAAUCAUAAGAACGUCGAGUCCUCUGACACUUCCCUCCUCGUCUUUGGCAAUGGAGAUGGUGGAGGUGGACCUUUACCGAAGAUGUUGGAGAAUCUCCGUCGUAUUCGGGCUACAAACAACAAACACCGUGAACUGCCCCCUAUCAGUAUGGGACAUUCCGUGGACGAGUUUUUCGAACGUUUGGCGGAGAAGUCAGAGGGAGGGAGAAAGUUGCCUAACUGGCAUGGAGAGAUGUAUCUCGAAUUCCACCGAGGGACGUAUACUUCCCAUGGGUCGAUCAAGAAAGGAAACCGACAUUCGGAAGUGCUUUUGCUUGUGCUUGAGAAUGCGGCUACUGUUGCAUCGCUUUUACUGGACACGGAUUAUGUUUACCCUAAACGUCAGAUUGAUAAACUGUGGGAGAAGGUGUUAUUGAAUCAGUUUCAUGACGGUAUGUGUUUCUUUCAUUGUUUUGAAAGGAGGAUACUUGAUUCUUCUUUGCCUCAAGUCCUUCCCGGAUCUGCAAUCGGAAUGGUAUAUGAAGACGCCCAAAAGCUCUACGCAGAAGUCGAAAAGGAGGGGAACCGUCUUAUCGAAGAGGCCUUCUCUAUGAUCUAUCCUCGAUCGAUCCCGCUAACUCCCGAUACGAGGCUCCAUCCCAAAACGGAAAUAAACGAUAUCAUAGCAUUCAAUCCUACCCCAUUCCCUCGACGAGAAGUCGUACGACUUCCCAUCACCACUGGAAUCUCGUCAAAUUCCAACUUGCGCUCCGCUAUCGCUCAAGUAGAUGCGGAUGGAAAACAUGGAUACGGGGUUAUAGAUAACGGAGUGUUGGAUUCUUCGGUUCAUAAUAGCACUGUUGGGGUGUUACAUGCUUCUGUGUUCUCGAACGGAACCGAUCAUUUUGUGUUGAGAAAUUCGAGUGUGCAGAUGACAAUAUCUGGAGGGAGGAUUAGUAGUUUAGUGGAUGUGCAACUUGGGAGGGAGCUUAUUGAGGAUGGGAAGUCGGGAGGGUUGGUGAUAUUUGAGGAUAGGCCGAAUUACUGGGAUGCCUGGGAUGUCGAAAUCCAUCAUUUGGAAACUGCAAAAGAACUUCAAUUUACGGAUAUUUCAGUUGUGGCUCAUGGACCGUUGCGUGCUGCUGUCAAGGCCAGUUUGAAAUAUGAUAAGAGUACGAUUACGGUUAUGAUUUCUUUGGACGCUGUGACUGCUACCACAACCCCGAAUUCACGAUCUCUAUUCAAGUUCGACGCUCACGUGGAUUGGCAUCAACGACAUGAAUUCCUCAAGUUCGAGCUCCCGUUGAACAUACACAGCGACAAUGCAACGUACGAAACCCAGUUUGGUUGGGUCCAACGACCGACGCAUAAGAAUACGACGUGGGAUAUGGCGAAGUUUGAAGUAUGUGGACAUAAGUACGCAGACCUGAGUGAAUACGGCUACGGAGUAGCCAUCUUGUCUGAAUCGAAAUACGGAUUCUCGUGUCGAGGAAAUGUUCUUCGUAUCUCAUUACUCAGAGCUGCCACGGCCCCGGAUGCUGAACAAGAUCAAGGAAACCACAACUUUGCUUGGGCUGUUAUGCCACACGUCGGUCAUUUUUUGCAAUCCGAUGUUCCUGUGGCAGGUGUUCAGUUCAACAUUCGUAAUCAUUACCGUCUCCUUUCCGGUCGCGGUGACCUGUCCUCACAAUCGACCUUGCGACGCUUGGAAGUGACAGGAGCACCGAAUGUAUUCGUCGAAACAAUCAAACGUGGAGAGUACGAUACGUUUGAUGACACUUUCGCGGAGAACGGCAAGGAGCCAGCGGUGUCUGUUAUCCUUCGGUUGUACGAAGCUUACGGCGGACAUGCUCGAGCGUUGUUGAAUCUAGGAUAUCCUGAAGACUUUGAGAAAGUCUAUUUGACUAACCUCUUGGAAGACGAGGAGGAGAGGUUGCAGGUGGUCCGAACUGGAGAUGGAGAUACGGUUGGGGUUAAGUUGGAUUUCAGGGGAUUUGAGGUGAAGACAGUGAAGAUUGUGCUGAAGGCUUCCAAGUUUUUGAGAGGUGGAGAGACCAAACGAAGCAGCUGGGUUGAUGUGGAUGGUGCAAGGUUGACUAGCGGGGCGGCUGUAAGGGAUUGA